GUGGAGUUGGACAUCAAAACCAGCUCUCACGGGCAAUGAGCGUUCAUUGUCUAUCCGAGAGGCGUACGUGUAACACUACGCUGUCAGGACGCCUGACUCCAUUUCGUGCAUAACCUUAGUCGAUUGGAAGUGUUGUGUACAUAUAUUAUUCAAGAUCAACAAAAUGACACGUACUAGUGUGUCCUGGAGGUUCUUGUGCGCUGUGGGUCUGCUGUUAUUCGCCCAGAGUGUUACGUCACAAUCAAAUUCCUGUCCUCACGAAUGCGUCAACUUGCAAGAAUGUCCUGAAUUGGCAAAGCUCCUGCGUAAUCCUACGCUGGCGAACAUCAGAAAACUGCAGGAGGCAACUUGCUUCAUCUCCGGCACCGUGCCAAAGGUAUGUUGCCCUAAACCCUUAACCAGCAAACCAUCCUUGCUGCCCAGAAACUGUGGGCAAGGUCCUAGUGUUCGGAGGAUCGUGGGAGGCACCAUUACCAGUCCUGGAGACUAUCCGUGGAUGGCUGUUUUCGGAUAUAAAGAAGUUGGUUUUGACAGCGUAGAGUACCUUUGCGCGGGAGCUGUAAUAAAUGAACGGUACAUCCUCACAGCUGCUCACUGUGUCACUCCGGAUCUUCUGUCAGUGAAACCAUUGGAAGUGAUUGGACUUGGUGACUGGGACCUCCGGCAGUUAGGCAAAGACUGUCAGAAGACCACAACUGGUGAGAUCUGCUCAGCUCCCUCCGUCAACGUUACCUACGAGAAAAUCAUAAUUCACCCGAAUUACAAUAAGAGAGGCUACCAGUCAGAUGACAUUGCCCUUGUCAGAUUGUCUGAGAAGAUUGAUAUCUCAGGUGUCUACAUACACCCGGUGUGCCUACCCCCACAGGGCCUCUCUGCCCGCAAUGCCAUGUCUAGGCCUGACCUCGAAAGACCAGAGGCGCUUGCGACGGGAUGGGGCAUAACUGAGAAUGGCACCACCAGCCCCCUCCUCCUGCAGGUCACUCUUCCCUACGUUGACAAGACUGCAUGCAAUUCGACCUUUAAAGGAAGCAUUUUCGAAGAACAGAUCUGCAUGGGAGGAGAGACCGGCAAAGACUCCUGCGGUGGAGACUCCGGAGGCCCUCUGGUUUUGGGAGGACCCCGAGGACCACCCUACCUACAGAUUGGUGUCGUUUCGUACGGCCCCACCGCCUGUGGCUUGAGGGGAGUCCCGGGAAUCUACACCGACGUCACCUUCUACAGGAACUGGAUAGAAGAGACGUUGCAGCCUUGAGGGACAAUAUUUUCUUGUCAUUGCAUCGAAGGGAGAGCUUCGGUUUCAGAGCUCCUCUCUUUCUCUCCAGUGACUGGACAAGGGAACAUUGCAAUCUUGAAGGCUUCAUUGGGGCCUGAAUCCAAGUAUCCUGAUUUUAAAUUAAGUAAACGUACUGUGUAUAGUCAUGUCAUUGUUGCCAAAGGUUUUAUAUUUAUUCAGUAAAUGUUAGUUAUGUAUUGUAA